UCAGGGCCUCCCUGGUCCUGGGAGGCUGGGAGCCAUUGGUGAGAGUGAUGAGGGGUACUCACAUGGUUUACUCUCUCUUCUCCAGGGCUGCCUAGCUCUCUUUCAUGGACUUAGAGAUUUCAGACACAGAGGCCUGCCCAUGGCUCCUUACCACAUCCGCAAAUACCAGGACAGUGACUGCAAAGAGGUGGUGGAAUUGUUCUCCAAGGAACUGACUGAGCAGGUCCCCACCACAUUCUGCCACCUGCUGAGGCUGCCCCAAACCCUAGCGCUCUUACUCGGGGGGCCCCUCGCCCUAUUCCUGAUCUCUGGCUCCUGGCUCCUGGCCCUCAUGGCCAGCCUUGCCCUUCUCACUGCCCUGAGGUUCCUUGCCAAGUAUCCUUGGACUGAACGUGAAGUCACAGCUUUGAACACAGACAUGUCCGACAUUACCAAAACCUACCUCAGUGAGCAGGGUUCCUACUUCUGGGUGGCUGAGUUUGAGGAGAAAGUGGUGGGUAUGGUGGGAUGUCUGCCAGCUGAGGAUUCAACCAUGGGGAGAAAGCCGUUGGAGCUUGUACACCUGUCUGUGGCCGUGGAGCUCCGUGGUCAGGGGAUGGGGAAAGCCCUGGUCAGGAUGGUCCUCCAGUUUGCCCGGGACCAGAGCUACAGUGAGGUCAUUCUGUCUACCACUGCACUACAGUACUCCGCCAUUGGCCUUUAUCAAAGCCUCGGUGUCCAGAAGAUGCACGAGUUUUUCUUUUCAAUGAGCUUUAGGAUAGUCGCUGUUCCUGUGAUUCUUUUCAUCUUCCGCCUUCCUUCUCCUCAGGUUUGUCAAGCAUCAUAG